AUGGACCUUGCUGUAGCCGCCUCCGCCGAGACCAUAGACGAAGUCCAUAACCUGCUCAGCGGCGGUCUACCAACAAUAAUCGCAGGAACAUCUCAUCCAUGCCAGUAG